AAAUGUAAAACGGAACUCUUGCCAAAUGGUGCUAACAAGUCUGCCCCAAAAUCCAAGGAACUGUAGAUUUAGAAGUAGAAAUUUCCCGCCGCGUGAGAUGUCAAUGAUGACAUCUUCCACUUUGCUCCUUUUUAAAACCAGAGGACUCUGACACACGAGAAAUUAUUGGCAGCAACGGAGCAAAAAAAAAAAAAAAAUAACAAGAAGAGUUUAAAAGCAAAAAAGCCUUUCAAUUGAUUUGAAUCUUUGAGACCAUUCUCGUUUGAUUCAUCAUCAAAGAAAUGAAGAGCAAAGGCAAGGUAGUAGGAGGAGGAGCUUGGUGGAGCUUCGGCACCAAGCUAGGGUUACCUGCUAUCUUCCUCUUAUGCUGCUUCUUCUUCCUCGCCGGACUCUUCGGUUCCAUGCAUCUUUCUCAGGAUGAAUCUGGUUUGUGGCCGAGGCCUAGGUUACUUGAAUCUGUCACUGAGGGGAGAGAUUUUGAUCCGUUGCCUCAAGGCGAUACCGGUGAAGAUUCGCUUACAUCGAUCCCCUUUCAGGUUUUAAGCUGGAAACCACGUGCAGUGUACUAUCCUGAAUUUGCAACUGCGGAACAAUGCCAAAGCAUAAUUAAAAUUACAAAGAAACACCUUGCACCAUCGACCUUGGCUUUACGUAAGGGAGAAACAGCAGAAAAUACCAAGGGAAUCAGAACAAGCUCUGGCAUGUUUAUAAGUGCAUCUGAAGACAAAAGUGGGAUUUUGGAUGUCAUUGAGGAGAAAAUUGCAAGGGCCACAAUGAUUCCCAGAAGUCAUGGGGAGGCAUUCAAUGUCUUGCGCUACGAGGUUGGGCAGAGGUAUAAUUCUCAUUAUGAUGCGUUCAACCCUGGUGAAUAUGGCCCACAAAAAAGCCAAAGGAUUGCUUCUUUCUUGUUAUAUUUAUCUGAUGUUGAAGAAGGUGGAGAAACAAUGUUCCCAUUUGAGAAUGGAUUAAACAUGGAUGCAAACUAUGAUUUUCGCAAGUGUAUUGGUUUGACAGUGAAGCCACGGAGAGGUGACGGGCUUCUUUUCUAUUCACUAUUUCCAAAUGGUACAAUUGAUCCGACAUCACUACAUGGGAGCUGUCCAGUAAUUAAAGGGGAGAAAUGGGUAGCCACAAAGUGGAUAAGGGAUCAAGAACAGUAUGAUUAAAUGUUUGUAUUCAAAUCAAUACAUUCUUCAUUUCUUUGAGUUUCACAAUUCCGGUUAAUAGGAAGAAUCUGCUGCUGAGAACUCUCCUAAGGAAUUUUGUGUUGUGUAAGUGCUGCAAUAUCUGCCAAUUUUCCCAACAAAAUGUAGCCGUAGGAUGUAAUUGUUGUAAAAUUGUUGUGAAUUAAUGGACAGAGAUGAAUGAAAGUGUCUAAUGUGUGAAGAAGGGGUAAUUUACUAAAUAAAUUCAAAUGGUUACUUUUCUGUAA